GAAUAACGCUGCGCUGCACUUUGUAAUGGAUUGCGCACUGGUACAAGUGUUUGAAAACGAGUUGUCUUGAAGGCUACGGGGUACUGAUUCGUAAUCAACACCAGUUGCGCACAACAAUGCAUUUGCAACCAGGAAACUAAUGCGUGGGUAAACGCACGUUUAUAAACACCAAAAGGAAAUAACAACCACUGUAACAGUCAUUCGUCGAGUUUAGUGUUAACUGUUUGGAGCUCUGCAAGGGAUGUCCGUCUAAAGUUUGUUCUGGUGAUCAACUGAUUUCUUAAACUGAAAAGAUGUUUCCCAAAGGGACCGUGUCAGCGGCGGGUGCACCGGCCGAGAAACCACCGGUCACCGCUAGUGAAGUCUACAUGGUCGACAAUAUCGUCUAUAACAAUGCAGAGUCACAGGUUGAUGCUGUGAACGAGUCAUACUGGCGUACUCAACGAGCAAGGAUUUGCGCAUGCACAGUCGUUCUGACGACACUCAUCCUGGUCGCUGGUGCUCUGACCGGGAUCGUCAUCGUACUGACACACACAAACAGAGUGGUAACCACGGACCCGCUGCCAAACCGAGACGGUAAGCCUCAGGUCGGAAACGAAGAGCCGUUUUUGCCGAAGCUUCCCUAUCCGACAAUCCGAAUCAUCGACAACGGUGGACUGAUACCGCCAAUGGAACCUGUGACCCCUGAUCUCAAAGCUGUCGACGGUGUCGAGGAAGCCACUUCCGGAGAUGACCAAGAGGGCGACUACGGAUCCGCUGAGAUCCGUAGUGGACCACUGCCAGCGGAACCUGCGACCUCUGACCUCGGUGACGUAACAGAGGUGGUUUCGGGAGAUGAUCAGGAGGGCGAAUAUGUUUCCGAGGAUUCAGACUUUACUUUGAGUGACAGUGUGUCUAUUGAUAGUAGCAGCAGUAGCAGCAGCAGCAGUAGCAGUAGUUACAGUGAAACGUAUUACGUCUCGGAAUAAGACUAACAUUUAAAGGAGGCGUCAUUAUGUGUAAAUACUUCGAACUUUAAUGACAAUAAAAACUAAUUUGGUCACCGUGUUACGUCUCCGAUUGAGAAAGUAAGGUGACUUUAAAGGAGGCGUCAUUUUGUGUAAAAUACUCCAAACUUUAAUAAUAAUAACAAUAAAAACUUACUUGGUCACCGUCUUACGUCUUCGAGUGAGAGUAAGUUGACUUUAAAAGAGACGUCCAUUUUGUAAAUACUCCAAACUUUAAUGACAGUAAAAACUAACUUGGUGACCGUACUACCUCUCCGAUUGAGAGUAAGUUGAGUUUAAAGGAGGCGUCAUUAUUUGUAAAUACUCCAAACUUUAAUGACAAUAAAAAUGUACUUGGUGACCGUAUUACGUCUCGGAAUAAC